AUGAAGAAGACACAUAUUGUAUUGCUCAUUCUCGUUGCAGCAGCCAUUAGCAUUGUCGUGGUGAUGUUUGCCGACUUCAGCACUUACGAAACAUUUGCCUCUGCUGCCCAGAAGCCAAACACCAAGUUUAGGGUGAUCGGGUAUCUUGAAAAGGAUAAAGCAAUGACCUACGACCCAAAGGUAGACCCUAAUAAAUUUACAUUCUACGUAAAAGAUAAGCUGGGCAAUGUGAAUGAAGUGGUCUUUAGCGGUGCCAAGCCAACAGAUAUUGAAAAGAGUGAGCAGAUCGUAAUGACCGGGCAUAUGGAAGGGAAUGUGUUUAAGUGUAAAGAGAUCCAGAUGAAAUGCCCGAGCAAGUACAAGAACGACCAGAUCGCAACGGGCGUCUGA